AUGGCAGUUUUUGAAACUAAAGUUAGCAGGGACAAUGUUGCUGCAGUUCACAGAUCUAUAGCUCCUCAUUGGCAAAUUAGAUGCAACCAUGAGUUUUCAAUACUGGGAAGAGUUUGGUUAUUGUGGGACACACAUAAAAUUGACAUUUUGGCAGUCUCUAAAUGCAGUCAGGCGAUUGAUUGUGCUGUUUUCCUCAAGGACCUUAAGAUAAAGUGUAGGCCAUCCUUUAUCUAUGCUGCAAAUACUGCAAUUGAUAGAAGAGCACUGUGGAGUUUCCUCAACCUGCAAUCCUCCACAAAUGAGCCUUGGAUAUUACUUGGGGACUUUAAUGUACUACUUCAUGUUAAUGACUUUUAUGGGGGAGCCCUGAGGUGGACAACUGGUAUGGCGGACUUCAAAGACUUUCUUCAUGCUAAUAGUCUUGAGGACCUGAGAUACAAUGGGAUUUUCCACACAUGGUCCAAUGGCAGCUUUGGGUAUGCAAAUAUCUCUAGAAAGCUGGAUAGGGUGCUGAUCAACCAACCAUGGAUGGCCAAGUUCCCACAAGCUGAAUGUUCAAGUAUGUUCAGGCUUGUGCAGAAGUUGAGAGCACUCAAGCAACCACUUAAGCUGUUAAAUAAGAAGGAGUUCAGUGCUAUUUCAAAAAGGGCUGCAGCUUGCAGAGAUGAAUUGUAUUCUUGUCAGAUGAGGAUUGAUGUUAAUCCAUCAGAUGAUUCCCUUAGAGCCAAUGAGAAGGAACUUUCACAGAAACUCUUUGAUCUUCUUUUGGCUGUAGAAAUGUUCUUUAAACAAAAAGCACAGGGCAGGAGCUGCAGAGGAACCUUCUUAAUCACUUCAUUUCCAUAUUCAGCCAAUGUAGCAACAGCUAUCCAGGAUGUCACUGCUGCAGUUAGAGACUUCUUCAUCUCAGGGAGAAUGUUGACAGAGAUUAACUAUUCCUAUAUAGCACUGGUGCCAAAAUCUCCUAACCCUUCAUCAGUGAAUGAUUUUAGGCCCAUCUCAUGCUGCAACCUCAUUUACAAGACUAUUUCCAAACUGUUAUCAAUUAAGCUUGCACCUAUCCUUCCCCUUCUUAUUAGCAAUACCCAAAAUGCUUUCAUUAAGGGAAGACACAUCUCAGAUAACAUUAUACUUGCUCAUGAACUGAUGAAUGGCUAUCACAGAGCUAACCACCCUCCCAACUGUGCACUCAAAAUUGACCUAAGAAAGGCUUUUGAUACACUACACUGGCAGUUCAUUUUGGAUGCUUUGCAUUUGUUUGGAUUCCCUCCUACUUUCAUACAUUGGAUUGGACAAUGCAUAACCACAACAUCAUUUUCCAUUUCUCUCAAUGGAGAGUUUUUUGGUUUCUUUAAAAGGAAGAGAGGUAUUAAGCAAGGGGACCCCUUAUCCCCUAUGUUGUUUGUCAUUGCAAUGGAGGUCAUGACCUUAUGUGUUAACAAACAUAUUGAGUCAAAUACAAGGUUCAGGUAUCAUUGGAGAUGCAAGAAGCUGUUAAUUUCACACCUUAUUUUUACCGAUGAUAUUUUGAUGUUCUCCCAUGCCAACACAGCCUCAGUUCAGACUCUAAUGGAUGCCCUUAAUCAGUUUUGCAACAUCUCUGGAAUGCAACUUAACAGAGCAAAGUCCAAGGUUUUCUUCUGUGGUGUUGACAAUACAUUGAAGGCUGAAAUCCUACAACUUCUACAUUUUGAAGCUGGUUCACUGCCGGUUAUAUACCUAGGGUUACCACUAUCUUCUUCCUCAAUCAAAGCAAGGGACUGUCAAACCCUUGUGGAGAAGAUUACUGCAAGGAUAGGGAACUGGACCUCUAGAUUUCUGUCCUAUGCUGGUAGAGCUGUCCUUGUCAAGGCUGUGUUUUAUUCAAUUCAAGCUUAUUGGUCCCAAGCCUUUGUUCUACCAAAGAUGGUCAUAGAGCUUUUGGAGGAAGCUUCUUGGGUUAAGAUCCAUGGCAAGAUGGCUGAUAAGGCACAGGGUUGGGGCUGUUGGGCUGACUUACUGCUUUGGUGCUCAAUACACUGGGCUUUAACACAAUUCUUGCUUCAUAAGCUUCUUUGGGCUGCUGCAGUCUACUUCAUUUGGAUGGAGCGAAAUGCUAGAGCUUUGAGGAAUCAAUCCUCCACUGCCCACAACAUCAUUGCCCAGAUUAAGACGUGUGUAAGAAGCAGACUUGCAUCACUCAAGCUCAGGAAUAGUUCAGAAUUGAAGCUGAUCUCUUCUCCCUCACAGCUACAAACACUCUUCCAGCAGGGUUGCUCCACAUCUAGUGGACAUCUCUGGCCCUUAUCCUAA